GCUUCCGGUCAUCGUGCCUGUUUAUUUAAGCGCCUUGAUUCGUCGUAGGACCGAGGCGUCAUUCCGUCCCUCGAGGUCUCCGGGAAGCUACCAACUAACCGCACCUGUCGCCAUGAAAAGUUCACUCAUAAUCGUUUUUUGCUGCGUUUUUUCAGCACUGGCUCAAGAUGAAAACCUCCCCGCGACUCUGGCUCCCGGAGAAGAAUUCUUUCCCUCAACCAAACCGGAACCUUCCAGCAGCCAAACGACACCUGCGCCCCUGACCCCGGCCUCCAACACGACGACGAGCGCUACGACCGGUCCCCCGCCCUCGACGACGAGCGCUACGACCGGUCCCCCGCCCUCGACGACGAGCGCUACGACCGGUCCCCCGCCCUCGACGACCGGUCAUCUUUCUACGACCCCCAACGCUACGACCGGUCACAUUCCCAUAACCAACAACGAUACGACCACCCCUGCCCCCUCCACCAAUACGACCACCCCUGCCCCCUCCACCACGGCUCCACCCAAGCCCACGCCGCCCAACCCCUUGAGUGCGGGAGAUUACCACCUGAUGAAGGGCAAAGCCAUUUGCCUGAUGGCCCGCAUGGCCGUGCAGAUCCGACUCGUGAAACCAAAGGACAGCGGAACGUUCACGGUGCAGCCCAAUAAGACCCGAGCUGUUGGGGAGUGUCAGGAGAACCGGGCCAACCUCACGCUGGUCUUCCAGGAGGGUUUCAUCACCUUCAUUUUCAACAAGAGCACCGGCGAAAACAGCGCCUACGCUAACGCUUUGCUGUUCAGCCUCGUCUACCCCUUAAGCACAGCCGGCGGGCACUACGCCGCCAGCAACCAGUCGUUGCGCGCCUUCCCCACGAAGAUCGGCCACUCCUACUCCUGCAGGAGCGAGUCCAUUUACAUGGGGAACGGAUUGUAUCUGGAUGUCAAGGACGACCGGAUUCAGGCCUUCAAUCUGACCAAGAGUGAGGAGUUCGGCGUCACCGACCACUGUGCAGCCGACCAGCCCGAUUACAGAGUGGCCAUCGGUGUGGGCGUGACAUUGCUGAUCCUCAUCUUGGUGGUGAUCGCGGUCUACCUGCUGGGCCGCAAGAGAAGGACGGAUGGCUACCAAUCACUUUGAGGGCCCCCAAGGCAGAACCUGACUCUUCGACCCAUCCCUGUAUGAAAUCCUCGUUUCUUGCCCAACGUUUUCCAUGAAUUUACACUGUGGCCUCUGUGUGUGACAAAUAUUCUCCCCCCCCCCCCCCCCCAAAGUGUUCCUCUGAGUGAUUCCUGCACAGCCUUUUUUUUUUUUUUUUUUUUUUUUUUUUUUUUUUAACUAUGAAUCCACUAAAAGGAAUGGGCCGGGGUCGCUUUCAGCGUUAUGUCCCAAUCAUUGUUAAGUGGAGCUGAGGUUCGUCAAUGCAUGCGUUGUAUUAAUUGAGUCAGCGCUCCAAUUUAAGCGGCUGUCGCUUGCUGCUGAUGAAUGCGCGCGCUGUAGUGUCUGUUCGAUGAAAGUGUCUUUUCAAGUGUUUGUAGGUUCGAUGAGGGAUUUUUAUGUCCAUUGUUUUCUGGAGUCUUGAUGCCAUUAAAGAUUGAUCCAUUUGUAA